GCCUGUGGACACCUGGCAGUGCUUCCAGCUUUGGGGCUGGGAAUGGUGGGAGGAGGGCCCAGAUCCUGCUGGAGAUACCCUUUAGUAUUCGGGUCCCAGAAACCAGUCCUACAUCUGGCCAAAGGGACACUGUUUUGUGGCAUUUCUCCAGCUGCUACCUAGAAGGAAGUGGGCCCCCUGGGGCCUAUGUGCCUUGCCCCUGACCCUGGGGACACUCAGCUCAGGCCUGCCCCAGUGGCCACAAGUCAGGGAGGCCGCAAAUUUUUAACUAGACACAUUGAUCAUUAAUAGGGGGUUAGAAAGAGUCCAAACUAAGUCUCACUCUGGGACACAGACCAACUGUGCCUCGGGCCUCCUGCAGAGAUGCUGGGUCCCCAAGUCUGGUCCUCUGUGAGGCAGGGGCUAAGCAGGGGCUUGUCCAGGAAUGUGAGGGGCUGGGCCUCAGGGGAGGGGAAGAAGGUGGACAUUGCCGGCAUCUACCCCCCUGUGACCACCCCCUUCACUGCCACUGCAGAGGUGGACUAUGGGAAACUGGAGGAGAAUCUGCACAAACUGGGCACCCUCCCCUUCCGAGGCUUUGUGGUCCAGGGCUCCAAUGGCGAGUUUCCCUUCCUGACCAGCAGUGAGCGCCUGGAGGUGGUGAGCCGUGUGCGCCAGGCCAUGCCCAAGAACAGGCUCCUGCUAGCUGGCUCCGGAUGCGAGUCUACUCAAGCCACGGUGGAGAUGACUGUCAGCAUGGCCCAGGUCGGGGCUGACGCAGCCAUGGUGGUGACCCCUUGCUACUAUCGUGGCCGCAUGAGCAGCGCGGCCCUCAUUCACCACUAUACCAAGGUUGCUGAUCUCUCUCCAAUCCCCGUGGUGCUGUACAGUGUCCCAGCCAACACGGGGCUGGACCUGCCUGUGGACGCGGUGUUCACACUCUCCCAGCACCCGAAUAUUGUGGGCAUGAAGGACAGUGGUGGUGACGUGACCAGGAUUGGGCUGAUUGUUCACAAGACCAGGAAGCAGGAUUUCCAGGUGUUGGCUGGAUCAGCUGGCUUCCUGAUGGCCAGCUAUGCCUUGGGAGCUGUGGGGGGCGUGUGCGCCCUGGCCAAUGUCCUGGGGGCUCAGGUGUGCCAGCUGGAGCGACUGUGCCUCACAGGGCAAUGGGAAGAUGCCCAGAAACUGCAGCACCGCCUCAUCGAGCCAAACGCGGCGGUGACACGGCGCUUCGGGAUCCCAGGGCUGAAGAAAACCAUGGACUGGUUUGGCUACUACGGAGGCCCCUGCCGCGCCCCCUUGCAGGAGCUGAGCCCCGCUGAGGAGGAGGCACUGCGCAUGGAUUUCACCAGCAAUGGCUGGCUCUGAGGGCAGGCAGCGUCCAUGGCUGGCCUGAGCCCAUCUCAGCCUCCUGCCUUGCACCUGCAGCCUAAAUUGGAGAGCGCGGUGGGGGGAUG